GGAGCAGGUUAUAGGAUACUUUUUAUAGCGAAAAUAAAAUCAGAAGGGGGUGAAAUGGGGGUUAAAAGUUUGUAUGGAAAGUCCUCCAUUUUUAGAGUUACAGUUAUAAAAAAUUGUACAUAAAUCAUGAAAAAUAUGCAAAAUGUAAUGUGAUACAAGAUUUUUUUAAAUUCAAACCUUGGAGGGCUAAAACGGGUUGAAAUUUGUAAAAAAAUAAAAAUCAGUCAUUUAACAAGUUAUAUUUAUAAUAGGGGUUAAAUUUAACAAACUCUAUCAGAUGUUAAUGAUAACAACCAGGACGGCUUACGGUAAGUGUAUGGGCUGAAUAAAAUAAAACAUGCUGAAUCGUAAUCUGCUUGAUUUACUGAAUUCAAAAUUGUAAACACUCGAAUCGAAUUAUGCACACUCAAUACCCCACAGCGCCUGUUGAUCAUGAUUCAUGACGUGCUGCGAUUUCCUCGAAAAAAAUCUAACCCUUAUCAAUAACAACAUUUGGUUCCAAUUUUCCCUUAUCAAUAACAACAUUUAGUUAAUUUUUAACCGACUUCCAAAAAGGAGGAGGUUCUACGUUCGGCUGUAUGUAUGUUUUUUUUUUUUUUUUUUUUUUUUUUUUUUUUUUUUUUUUUUUUUUUUUUUUUUUUUUAUGUAUGUCCAGCGAUAAUUCCGUCAUUUUUGGACCGAUUUUGAAAAUUCUUUUUUAGGUAUACAUAAACAUUAGAUGCAGUUACGGGUUAAACCUUUGCAAAUUUUCAACGCUCAUAUGUAAAUUAUAAUGAAAAGGUGUUUUAUGUUAUGAACAAAGUUACGGUCGCUUUGUAAUCAGGAUAACGCAAAUAUAACAAUAUACCUAUAUGCAGCAUGUACGUAGGUACCUGUAUGUGCACUGGAUUAUUAUAAUAGCAAGAUGUUUUCCACUUUCUGCAUUCUAUAUCCGUACACAAUUGCACCGAUACGCAAAAAUAGUUUUUGUUUCAAAGUUUCAAUUUCACAAUGCAAUAUGGAACCUCAAUGUCAGGUGCGACAAUUUCCUAAUGGAUUUAGUUUUGGGACCUCUACAUCAUCCUAUCAAAUAGAAGGAGCUUGGGAUGCUGACGGAAAAACUGAAAAUAUUUGGGAUCACAUGACUCAUUCGCGGCCAUACUUGAUUAGAGACGGUUCGACUGGGGACAUCGCUGACAACUCAUACUACAUGUACAAAAGAGACGUGGAGAUGCUAAGAGAGCUAGGUGUUGACAUCUACAGGUUCUCUCUCUCGUGGACAAGAAUACUGCCUACCAGUUUUCCAGACAAAAUAAACGAAGCCGGAGUAGAAUAUUACAACAACUUGAUAAAUGAAUUACUUAUGUACAACAUCGAACCCGUGGUCACAGUGUUCCAUUGGGACUUGCCCCAGAAACUUCAAGAACUAGGCGGGUGGGCGAACCCUUAUAUUGUAGAAUGGUAUGCAGAUUAUGCAAGAACAGUAUUCACAUUGUUUGGAGAUCGAGUAAAAUAUUGGAUCACUAUUAACGAACCGCAUCAGGUGUGCCAUUAUUCGUACGGAAACUCGUUCUUAGCUCCUGCAUUGGAUAUUAAGGGAGUACCUGAAUAUCUCUGUGCUAAAAAUUUGCUUUUAGCACACGCGACCGCUUAUCACAUAUACGACCAAGAUUUUCGACCAGAGCAAAAUGGAAAAAUAUUUAUUUCGUGUAGCGCUCAAUGGUAUGAACCAUUGACAGAAAGUGACGCCGAAGCGGCCGAUGAAGCAAAUCAAUUUGAGUGGAAACAAUAUUCCCACCCAAUAUUUUCAAAAACUGGAGACUUUCCACCGGCGAUGAAAAAACGAAUAGCAGCAAGGAGCGCUGAACAAGGGUUCUUCAGAUCUAGACUGCCUGAAUUCACACAAGACGAAAUUGAAUGCAUUCGUGGAAGUUCAGACAUUUUCGGAUUGAAUCAUUAUUUUAGCUAUUAUGUUAAUAGAAAUGAUUCUGUUAAUGGAUACUAUGAAUCUCCUUCAUUCAAUGAUGACCUGUCGGUGUUUUACACCUUGUUACCAGAAUGGAACCUUGGCGAAUCAGACUAUAUGAAGUCUGUUCCAUGGGGGUUUUACAAGUUGUUAACAGAAAUAAGGGAGGAGUACGGAAACCCGACUGUUUUCAUCACUGAAAAUGGUUUUCCGACCCGCGGCGGCUUGGACGACGACGUGCGCAUUACUUACUUCACAGAGUAUUUAUCCGCCAUGUUGGAUGCCAUGGAGGAAGGCUCUGAUGUGAGAUCUUACAGCGCUUGGAGCCUAAUGGACAACUUUGAAUGGUCGAGCGGGUUCACUGAAAAGUUCGGGCUUUACGAAGUGGACCACAACUCGCCGCUACGUACGCGCACUCCGCGCAAAUCCGCCUAUUUCAUGGGAGAAAUAUUCCGAACACACAAACUGACGCGUUGUCUCAAUAACACACAAACACCUUACCUUUAAUCAAUACAUAUAAUAAAUAAAUUUGAAGUGUC